CACCAGAGGUACUCCAGUCAGAAAUGAAGGUCCUGUUAUAUCAUCAAAUUUACAGGCGGACGGACGGUGCCAUACCCAAUUCUCUUAACUUACCAAUUUGAACCGCAACAGCCAUUAGCAACAUAAAUUCCUCUUUAAUUAUACUCUUCCUAUGUAACCAGCUCCUUCCACCAAUUUCUGUCAAGUUACAGCAUCUCAUGGGAAGGCAAGCAGUAUUGAGUUCUAAACAUCGCUGAUCGGACCAAAGCUAGCAACCAUCCUUGCACCUUACAAUAUCAAAAACCCACAACCUAAACAAAAGGGUACUCGUUUAAUAAAACUAAACCCAUAACACCAUAUCCACCAAAAACACACAAGAAAGAGAAAGCGCCAUUGUGUAAGCUUUUACCCACCAAACAUUAUUUCUACCAGUAGACUCAAAGUCGAAGUAUAGAAAAUGAUAGGCGGGAAGCUUCGAGAGAAAGAGAAAAAUAGACAACCCACCGAACACCUUUUGUUAUUAUAUAUCAAGAUUUUUACAUGUCAAAGUCCUUGUACUAGGACUACGACUCGGAAUAGAUGACUCAGUUACAAGCUUCGCUUCCUAUGGGCUUAUGGAAAAAGAAAAAAAAAAGAAGAAAGUAACGGAGAUCCAUGGUCAUAACGUGCGAAAGGCAUGUCUUUCUUUUGUAUUUUUCAUUGAACUUUGUAAUUUUCCUAGUUUUUUAAUCUAAUAUUAACACAUGUCAAACAAGCCACUUUCGGCGGCUGACAGAAUUGUCCUUGAUCAAUUUACCUUCAACAAAACCAGGGUAAAACGAAAACCAUAAUCACCAAUAGACAAAAAAAAAAAAAAAGGAUCUUUGGAAAUAUAGCACAAAAACAAGGAGUGGAGUACAAUUGGAAACAAAAAAAACAAAGUAGGAAACAAAAAUGGAGGUACUUAAUGAGGAGGAAGAGUACGAUUGGAAAGAAGUGAAUCUGCCAUCAUUGAUCCCAAUAGUUCCAGAACCAGAGCUUGAAAGGGAGAGUGGAGAAAGGAGAAGAGGCAGAGAUAUACUUAUAGCUAUCGAUCAUGGACCCAACAGCAAGCAUGCCUUUGAUUGGGCUAUGAUUCAUCUUUGCAGAUUAGCUGAUACUAUCCAUCUUGUCCAUGCUGUUUCCAGUGUCAAGAAUGAUAUUGUGUAUGAGAUGGCUCAAGGUCUUAUGGAGAAGCUUGCUGUGGAGGCUUUUCAAGUUGCCAUGGUGAAGAGUGUGGCUCGAAUCGUGCAAGGGGAUGCAGGUAAAGUUAUUUGCAAAGAAGCAGAAAGUUUAAGGCCAGCGGCUGUGGUUAUGGGCACUAGAGGCAGAGGCUUAGUGCAAAGUGUACUGCAAGGAAGUGUGAGCGAGUAUUGCUUCCACCACUGUAAAGCAGCACCUGUUAUAAUUGUUCCUGGGAAAGGUCAAAAAAGCUGGUGAGGAAUCAUUGGUACAGUGGAAGUAAUAGCAUUAUCAUAAAGCAAGAGAAAUGGUUGAACUAUCUAUAAGUUUGACAUCUAGGGUUGUGAAAUUUGUGAUGUUAUUGUAGUUUCUUGGUUGGAUAGAAUGCAAGGUCUUCCAAGAAGAAAAUUUAUUUUUAUAACAGAGUGAGAGAUUGGAAUAUGUAACUUAACACUUUAGUAGAACACUUUAGAUUUGUCGAUUUGUUCA